ACCCCAAUUGCAAGUUCCUGCUAGUACUGUACGUUUCAAAUUCUUAUGCCGAAAGCAUUACGAUUAUGGGCGUCUACCCUACAGAUGUUCUCCGCAACCACCAUUCGAAUAUGUUUUCGACAAACCGCUUUCGUCAAGCCCACCCGUUCGCUGUCCUCGCUUGCUUGUACUCGUUCUUUGAUUCAUGACGUACACACAUCGCGUCGGUUCUCUCAAUACCAGUUUCGACUCUCGUUUCUGUCUCGUCGACACUUCUUUCGAUCAUCUCCGCAGCUUUCAGAGAACAGUCCACCACCACUUCCUCCAAAACCAGAUGGAACGAAGAAGAAGAUUCAGGAUACAAUACGAGAGAAUAUAUAUACCCUUCCGAAUUUCCUCACUGUCUCGCGUAUUCUUGCAUGCCCAGUCCUCGGGUGGAGUAUAGUCCACGAUGACUUCACACUUGCGAUCUCUUUGUUGGUUUAUGCCGGCCUGACUGACCUCGUCGACGGAUUCCUGGCAAGACGGUUUAAGAUGCAAAGCGUCCUUGGUACCGUCCUAGACCCUGCAGCGGACAAGACGUUAAUGACAACAUUAACUAUUACCCUGGCUAUGAAGGGCCUCUUACCUGUGCCUUUGGCGGUGAUCAUUUUGGGUAGAGACGUCCUUCUGAUUCUGUCCGCGCUUUGGAUUCGAUAUACCUCGCUACCACCCCCAAAAACGUUCUCCCGAUAUUGGGACUUCUCAACACCUUCAGCUGAAGUUCGACCAACAUAUAUCAGUAAAGUGAAUACAGCGUUGCAACUACUUCUCAUGGGCACGACUACCAUCAGUCCUAUAUUGCCCUUCGAUAUCACCUUGGGCCUCCAAACACUUCAAUGGAUUGUAGGCGCGACCACGAUAUGGAGCGGAGCGUCGUAUCUUUUCACCAAAGAUGCUGUACGAAUCAUAUCGUCUUCGACGAAGAAAUCUCCAAAGCCAUGACCUCACUGUGUCAAAUCUUGCGUGCCGACUCAUCUUGUCUUUGACUAGGUGUAUUCACAAUAUAUUUGCCUCCGCGGUAUACUUUGAUAAUAGCCGCAUUCUCAAUAUUCUGCAUGACCUUGUGAACUCGUCCUUUUCAGGCAUCUACUUUAGAUCGUUCG